AGUCAGAGAGGGAGAACAGAACUAUAACUGUGCUGCCAAGUGGCAGAGAUGUCCAGGAAUAAACAGAUACAGCACAACUCUCCUGCCAUAUUAAUUAAUCACAAUGCUUCCCAAUUUUCUGAUGAGGCAGAAGAGAAUGAGGAAGACAGUCAACUUUCCAGAUGCAGCAAACUAUCCUAUGGAAUUGGAGCUGUCCCAAACCAAGUAUCAGGGAGUGCCAGUGCUUUUUAUCUACAGAUUUAUUUACUGGAUGUAGCACAAAUAAGUCCAUCUGAUACUUCAUUGGUUCUGUUUACGGGAAAAGCCUGGGGAUCGAUCACUGAUCCACUUAUUGGCUUCUUUGUCAGCAAAAGCCAGUGGACAAGGAUUGGGAGACUGAUGCCCUGGAUAAUAGGUUGCACUCCUUUUGUGAUUGCCUCCUACUGUUUCCUAUGGUAUGUUCCAUCUUUCAUGGAGAAAAAGAAAGUUAUAUGGUAUCUGGGAAUCUAUUGUCUUUUUCAGGCUAUGGUAACAUGUUUUCACGUGCCUUAUUCAGCUCUAAGCAUGUUUCUCAGUCCAGACCCAAAGCAAAGAGAGUCUGCUAUAACAUAUCGAAUGACAGCAGAAGUGGUGGGAACUUUAAUUGGAGCAGCGAUCCAGGGACAAAUUGUAUCAGGUGCACACAGUUCUGUGCAAUGUUCCCAAUAUAACAUUAGCAAUGAUAUAGCUCUCAACACAACUAAUAUUUCAGAUCCUUUAAGAAGCAUUUCCACCCUUUUGCACUCCCCUGAAUUCCUUUUCCAUGCUAAAGAGCUGUACAUAAUUGCUGCUGGUGUUAUUGGGGGUAUCUAUUUGGUGUGUACAGUUGUACUUUUUAUUGGAGUGAAGGAAAUAGAUGACCCCUAUGCUUUGAAAUCAGACAAGGCAGUUCCAUUUCUGGAAGGGUUCAAGCAUGUGAUGAAACAUGGACCAUGUCUGAAGCUGAUUGCAGCUUUCCUCUUCAUAUCAGCUGCUGUUAAUCUUGAACAAAGCAAUUUUAUCCUGUUUUGUACACAUGCUGUGGAUUUACGUGAACAUUUCCAGAAUAUCGUUCUGGUCCUUUUGGUGUCUGCCGCACUAAGCAUUCCAUUCUGGAAAUGGUUUUCACAACGAUUUGGCAAGAAAACAGCAUCUUUUGGCAUUUUUCUGAUGAUUCCAUUUAUAUUUAUGCUGGUUUCCAUCCCAGAACUAAUCGUGGCCUAUGUGGUGGCAGUUACCUCUGGCAUAAGCAUAUCUGCAUCCUUGCUGUUGCCAUGGUUGAUGCUUCCUGAUGUCAUUGAUGAUUUUCGACAGAUGAAUCCCCAUGCUAAAGGCCAUGAAGCCAUUGUGUAUUCAUUUUAUGUGUUCUCUACAAAACUGGCAGCCGGGAUUUCUCUUGGAAUUUCCAAUCUUUGUCUACAUUUUGCUGGGUAUAAUACAGGAGCUUGUGUACAACCGCUUUAUGUGGCACUCACUCUGAAGAUACUGAUUGGAGUAGCCCCCGCUGUUCUCAUUGUUACGGGUUUGUUCAUACUCAUCUUCUAUCCAAUUACUGAAGCUAGCAGAAACAAAACUAAAAAAAAGCUUGAUCAUUUAAGAAAACUCCGUGCUUCACAAGACAACCUGGAUGAAAUUGGAAGUGUUUUGUGAAAACACAGAACUGAAAGCUGCAUUUCCAAAGAAUAUUAACAAUUUCAGAUUCCGAAUGAAAUGGAGUCAUAUUUUCAUAUGAAUGGUGUAUAUUACACUUGUAUUAUUUAAAGUAUAUUAUACAUUUUCAUAAUUAUAUUGCAUAUGGAAACUUGAACACAGAAUUUAUUUAUGUAUUUUAAGAACUAUAAAUGAAAGAAUGAAUUGUAUUUUGCAUUACGAUAAGUGUUUCUCACCAAGGCCUAGGAGAAGGUGAUGAUUUUGUUUAAAGCUUGUGUUGACUUUAUUUUAAUAUGUGUACACCUGUUAAAAGAACUGCCACAGUUUGUAUCAAUGAGUAGAUAAUAAUCAGAUUUGGAAAUAUUGCUCAAGACAACAUCUGAAAUCUAGGUUAUGAAAUUUAAGGACACUAAAUUACCAUGUCACCUGUUUUCAUUUUUAUGAAAUAAAGUUGGAAUAUAUAUACAUGUCCCUUGCUCAUA